GAACCCGGAAGUGCGGCGACGGAGUCGCUGAGGGAGAGAGAGAGAGAUGGGUUGCGACGGGGGGACGAUCCCCAAGAGGCACGAGCUGGUGAAAGGGCCCCGCAAGAUCGAGAAGGUUGAUAAAAAUGCAGAAUUGGUGGCCCAGUGGUACUACUGCACUCUGAGUCAAGAAAAGUUGAGCAGGCCUAUAGUCGCUUGUGAACUUGGCAGACUAUAUAACAAAGAUGCACUCAUUGAAUUUUUGCUGGAUAAAUCUUCCGAUAAAGUCCUUGUCGAAGCAGCAUCCCACAUCAAAAGUAUUAAGAACGUCAUUGAAUUAAAUCUCUCAGACAAUCCUGCUUGGACUGGUGACAAGGGGAAUACAAAAGGGGAUAAAUAUGAUGACAUCCAGAGUGCACGUUUCAUUUGCCCUAUAGUUGGGUUGGAAAUGAACGGAAGGCAUCGGUUUUGCUUUCUACGCAACUGUGGUUGUGUCUUCUCUGAACGCGCUCUCAAAGAAAUUAAAACUGAAGUUUGCCACAAGUGUGGGGCCUCUUUUCAAGACGAUGAUGUGAUUGUACUUAACGGUACAAAAGAGGAUGUAGAAGUGCUGAAGAAAAGAAUGGAGGAGAGAAGGCUUAAGAGUAAAUUGGGGAAGAAAUCCAAGAAAUCUAAGGCAGCAGAGACCACUGUGAAACCUGAAGCUGCUGAAGAUUUGCCUACAUCAUCUCAAGUAAAUACUGAAAAGGAUACCGCAAACAUGAAAUCCGGAGAAAAUAGAAGCAUUGCCUUCUGCAAGAGUACAGCAGUCAGCGAAAGUCCAUCGUCUUCAUCUGGGAAAAGCAGCAAAAGUUCAACUGGGGGGCCCAAGCGAUCCUUGGCAAGCAGAGGAGAGAAAUCGGAAGCGUACAAGUCUAUCUUUACAUCACACAGUUCUGCCAAACGUUCCAAGGAAGAGUCUUCCAAUUGGAUUACCCAUACAGCAUACUAUUUCUAACACAGAAAAGUUUGCAGUUUGUAGCAGGCUCUGCCCUUUCCCACCCUGCUGCAGUUCCUCUUACAAGGGAGGACUUAGUUAUUUGGGCACCGAGUGCAAUUUGCUGUCAAUUUAGAAGGACCAUCCAUAUAUAACUAUGUAAAGUAGAAUAUAAAAGCAGUUAGCAGAAGUCAGUUUAUUUUUUU